GCCGGUCCAAGUUGGGCUCCAUCUCUGCAUUUGCUCCCCUCUAAGGCCCCGCCCUCUGGGGAAGUGGGGAGAAAACCGGGCCGAGCCUUUCUUCUCCCUUCCCCUCCCCCGGACUGCCCAGAGAGGUCGGGAGGUGAUGACCCCCAAGCCAACCGGACCCCCGGACGGGGGCUGGGGCUGGGUGGUGGCGGCCGCAGGGUUCGCGGUGAAUGGGCUCUCCUACGGGGUGUUACGCUCCCUGGGCCUCGCCUUCCCUGACUUCGCGGAGUAUUUUGACCGAAACGCUCAGGAGACGGCUUGGGUCAGCGCCCUGGCCCUGGCAGUGCAGCAGGCAGCCAGUGAGGAGGGGCCCCGAGGUGGGAGGCCCAGUAGGCAGUGCCCUGAGCACCCGCUGGGGGGCGCGCCCCGUCGUGAUGGUUGGGGGCGUCCUCACCUCGCUCGGCUUCGUCUUCUCGGCUUUCGCCCACAGUCUGCUGCACCUCUACCUUGGCCUGGGCGUCCUUGCUGGCUCCGGCUGGGCGCUGGUGUUCGCCCCUGCCCUGGGGACUGUCUCCCGUUACUUCUCCCGCCGUCGAGUCUUGGCCGUGGGGCUGGCACUCACGGGCAACGGGGCCUCCUCGCUGCUCCUGGCGCCUGCUUUGCAGCUCCUCCUUGAUAAUUUUGGCUGGCGGGGCUCCCUGCUCCUCCUCGGAGCCGUCACCCUCCACCUCACCCCCUGUGGCGCCCUGCUACGACCCCUGGCGCUUCCUGGAGACCCCCUGGCCCUGCCCCGAAGCCCUCUAGCUGCCCUCGGCCUCGGUCUCUUCAGACACCGGGCCUUCCUAGUUUUGACACUAGGAACGGCCUUAGUGGGGGUCGGUUACUUCAUCCCCUACGUGCACUUGGCUCCUCACGCUUUAGAUCGGGGCCUGGGCGGGUAUGGGGCAGCGCUGGUGGUGGCGGCGGCUGCGGUGGGGGAUAUCGGCGCUCGGCUCCUCUGCGGGUGGCUGGCGGACCAGGGUUGGGUGCCCCUCCCGCGGUUGCUGACGGUAUUCGGGGCUCUGACAGGCCUGGGGCUGCUGGCGGUGGGAUUGGUGCCCGUGGUGGGGAACGAGGACAGCUGGGGGGGCCCCCUGCUGGCAGCGGCUGGGGUCUACGGCCUGAGCGCCGGAAGUUACGCCCCGUUGAUUUUCUGUGUGCUCCCGGAGCUGGUGGGCAUCGGAAAUGUGGUACAGGCCACCGGUCUGGUGAUGCUGCUGCUGAGCCUCGGGGGGCUUCUAGGCCCUCCCCUAUCAGGCUUCCUAAGGGAUGAGACCGGAGACUUCACCGCCUCCUUCCUCACGUGCGGCUCUUUCGUCCUCUCUGGCAGCUUCGUCUAUUUGGGGCUGCCCAAGGCGCUGCCCUCCUGCCGUCCGGCCUCACGUCCAGGAACUCCACCCCCUGAGAUGGGGGAGCUGCUCCCGGUCCCUCAGGUUGCCCUGCUCUCCCCAGGAGACCCUCACUCCACUCUGGACACCACUUGUUGAGCCCCUCCCCCAAUAAAGACUUUUUAUCUGCUUU